CAAGCUCUCUCAUGCAAAAUAGUCGCAUAUCAAGUUGGGGAAGUCUAAGAUGGAUUGCAUGUUAAAAGUUUCCAGUUCAAGUUUGAUAAUUUAUUAUAAUAUUGGUUUUCCUGUAAAAACAUUGAGAUUCCGUACGACAUAAGUUGUUUUAUUGGGUGAAAUGCUAAACAGAAAAAAGAUGAGGGGAAGACCAGUGGGGAUGCUGAGCAUGAACCUCGGUCUGGUGAUGAAAGAGACAAGACAGAGGAAGCAAUUGAGGACAAAACGGACUUAAAAGAUGCAGGUACAAAACCCAAGUCUGUUUCAGAUUUGUCUGAAAAAAAAGAUGACAAGGUGGAGACAGAAGAAAGAGCUGUCUGGGAAGGAGGCUGUGAUUGAUAAGGAAUUAUUGGAGGCUUUCAGGUGUUUUGACUGGAAUCAAACUGGCUACAUCAGGGUUGAAGACAUGAGGUUGAUUAUACACAGCUUGGGGACAUUUCUUUCCCACACGGAAGUCAAGGAACUUGUGCAAAGUGCUUUGUUGGAGAACAACACUGGGAGGGAUGACUGCAUUCUCUAUAAUAAGCUGGUCAGAAUGAAUCAUUUGAUAUUGUAGGUUUUCAGGCUGCUCUGGUCUGUACUGCAGUUACCCUGCCGUUACAAUGCACCUUUGCUCCCUUGAGAGUGCAUGUAACUGUAUUAGUUUUGAGGUCACCAUAUCUUACUGUCAACAGAAAUUAUUUAUAACUUUACUUUUGUAAUGGGGGAAAAAUAGAUUACAUUA